AUGGGUAUUACAGUUAGUGGUGAAGAUAAAGCCGCCCGAGAAAAGAGCACAGACAUUGAUAAGAAAAUUCAAAAUGAAAAAGACAAGUCCUUAAGUGAAGUAAAGUUGUUACUUCUAGGCGCUGGUGAAUCUGGUAAAAGUACAAUUGCCAAGCAAAUGCGGAUUAUCCAUGAAAGUGGCUAUUCAGAUGAAGAUCGACAGCAAUAUAAAUCAAUAAUCCAUUGUAAUGCUAUUUAUUCGUUAAAAGCAAUUAUUGAAGCUAUGAAAGUUUUAAAAAUCGAUAUUUCACGUUCUCAUACAAAGAUCGAUGCUGAAGAUUUUCUAAGAUUAAUAUAUGAUAGUCCUGAUGAAGUUACGCCAGAGUUAAAAAAGAUUAUGAAACGAUUGUGGAAUGAUCCUGAUGUACAGAAAUGUUUUAAUCGCUCUAGAGAAUAUCAGUUAAUGGAUUCUGCAUCAUACUAUCUAGAUGACUUAGAUCGCCUGGUACAAGAUUCUUAUUUACCAUCGGAGCAAGAUAUAUUACGAGCAAGGGUUAAAACCAGCUCUAUUAAAGAAACAGAAUUUGAAUACAAGGGUCUUGAGUUUAAAAUGAUCGAUGUCGGUGGGCAGCGUAGUGAAAGAAGGAAAUGGAUACACUGUUUUGAAAAUGUUACUGCAGUUAUAUUUUGCGCGGCUUUAAGUGCAUAUGAUUUGGUCUUGCAGGAAGACUAUUUUACGAAUCGAAUGAAAGAAAGCCUAAAUUUAUUCGAUUCAGUCUGUAAUAAUCAAUGGUUUAAGAAAACCUCUAUCAUAUUAUUCUUAAACAAGACUGAUAUCUUUAAAGAAAAAAUUAGAAAAUCUCCUAUUACCACUUGUUUUCCGGAAUAUAAUGGAACAAAUAGUUAUGAAGAAACAACAAGUUAUAUACAAAAGAAAUUUAUAUCUCUCAAUAGUAAUGGGAAAGAAAAGACCAUCUAUUCUCAUUUCACGUGUGCUACCGAUACAGAAAAUAUAGUAUUUGUAUUUGCUGCAGUAACCGACGUUAUACUACAAAAAAAUAUUAAAGAACACGGUCUGUUGUUUUAA